UGGCAGGCCGUAGAUAGCCUUGUAAUCGCUGUGUUUCCGGUGGAGACAACCUUAUUAAUGUCGCACGCCAGUUCAAACCCCAGUCUCCCUGCAGCCGUUGCUUCAACAGCCAUGGGUCGAGUCCUGGUCCUUCUCCUCGCCUGCUUCAGUCUCUGCGCAUCUCGCUCCUGUCCAAGCUACUGGCAAAAGUACAGAGGAUUCUGCUAUGUCUUUGUUAAGGAAGCAACAUCGUGGCUGACUGCUCAGACUGCUUGCCAGCUGCUAAAAGCUCGACUUGCCGAAGUCACCUCUCCUGGAGAAAAUACUUUUGUGAAGAACCUCAUGGACGGCAAGAAAGCAAAGAAUGUCUGGCUUGGAAUGAACGACCUAGUGAAAGAUGGACAGUGGGUGCUGACCAGUUCCGGGUCAAGGCUGCCCUACACCAACUGGGCCAAAAAUGAGCCAAACAACGGCAAGGGUCGAGGUCAGUACUGUCUUCAGAUGACCGCCGACGGCUUCUGGGAUGACGACGACUGCGUCAAGCUUCACUCCUUCAUUUGCGAGAAAAAAUUGUGAACAAGACUGAAUGGUGUUGGUCACGUGAUCCACGUUAACGGCCAAGUCUGAAGGCAUCCACUCUGUUCACCUACUCGAAGACUGGUGUUUGCAAGUGAAGUGUUUUAAAUAAAUACAAUUACACCGAACCUUUCAUGAUUCAGCCUGA